AGAGAACGAAACCAAAUGGAGCGAAGUCGCAGGGGCAGGAUUCGCCGGAUGCCGUCGUCCGGAUCGGAUAGCGAUAGCUCCACCGCGGGUCCGAGUUCCAAGCGGAGCAAGCAGUUCGAGCAAACCCAAUCCGAGGCAGAGGACGAGGCGGAAUACAUUGAAUACCUCGAAGAGGAAGAGGAAAUGAGUUUCGAGGAAGCGUCUCAAUCGCAGGUGGCCAUUUCGCAGUCUCAAAUCACGCAGUCGCAGCGACGGACAGGUCCAAACAUGUCGCAGCGUGUCAACAACUUUAGUCUAUCGUCUGAGUUGCCCAUUCCAACUGCCUUCGAUCGCUGUGGCAAAGUAAUUUCCAUGCGCCUCACCAACUUCAUGUGCCACUCCAAUCUGUUCAUUGAGUUUGGACCCAACAUCAACUUUCUGGUGGGCAAUAAUGGCAGUGGCAAGAGCGCCGUGAUCACUGCCUUGGCUCUUGGACUGACCAGCAGUGCUAGGGCCACCAAUCGAGCAAGCAGCAUACAAAAACUUAUUAAAAACGGCGAAGCUAGUGCCACCAUCGCCAUAACCCUUUCCAAUGCGGGUCUGCGACCCUUUAAAGCGGACCUUUUUGGACCCCAUCUCACGGUUGUGCGUCAGAUACGCCACUCAUCCUCCACCUACGACCUCCAGGAUGCCCGCGGCAGAAGCGUCUCCAAGAAGGUGGCUGAGAUAAGGCGCAUGCUUCUCUGCUUCGGCAUCAAUGUGGAGAAUCCCAUAUUUGUGCUGAAUCAGGAGGCAGCGCGGGAAUUCCUAAAAGAACUGGAGCCAGCUUCCAAUUACAAACUGCUGAUGAAGGCAACUCAACUGGAUGUUUGCACCAGCAGUCUGACCGAGUGCCAUGCCCAGCGGCGCCAUUUCACCCAAGAUCUGGAGCAGCUUGAAAAGAAAAGGGAUGUGGUGGCCAAGCAGGUGGAGGCUGAAGAGGAAAAGGUGGCCAUGCUUAGGGACAAGGAAAUGGUCAAGGUAAAACUGGAGCAGUGCAGGACAAAGCUAGCUUGGAUGGCCGUGACAAACUAUCAGACGGAGCUCGACAAUCUCGAGCACUCGGUAAAACUGAUUGAAAACAAGAAGGCCAAGCUGGAGCAAACCACAUCCAAAAAAGAGACCACGCAGGCCACUUUGACCCAGCAAUUGAGCGAGUUUGAGGCUACUAAAAAUCAAAUUCUGGCCACCUACAAAGUGCAGGAUGAAAAGCUUAGAGCAGCCAAGCGGUCAGUGCAGGAUUUGCUCCUUAAAUCCAGCGGUAUUAAAGCCCAGAUGCUGAACGCCGAGCGACGCAUGCGGGAGGAUCAACACGCGUACGCUGAGUGCGAGAAACUGAUUGGCAAUUACCAUGCCGACUUCAAUCGGGUGAAGGAGCAGCGAGAAGAGCACUCCCACAAGAUGGAGGCGCUGAAAAAGCAGGUGGCCGAGAGCGAAGAGAUCAUUGCCCGUUUGCGGGAGGAACAGCAGCAGAUUAAGCGAGAAAUUAACGCGGUACAGGAAAGAGUGGAGGCUGUGAAGAAUGAAAGACAGCAGCUCCAUAAAGCCAAACAAAACAUCAGUUGGGAAAUCGAGGCGCUGUCCCGAAACAAGUCGAAUAAGCUUUCCGUUUACGGUGAGCAGGCCAUUCAGGUGGUUCAUGCCUUGCGCACCCAGUAUGCCGGCUCCAAUGCGCAUAGGAUGCCCCGCGGACCGCUGGGCCAGUACAUUAGUGCGCCCAAUCCCAAGUAUCGGGAUCUGAUUGAGAACCAACUGAUGGCCUGCCUGCGCUCCUACAUCGUUAGCUCCGACCGGGAACGCCAGUCGCUGCGGACGUUGCUGCAGAACAAGUUCCCUGGCGGAAAUAUGCCCACCAUUAUCACCAGUCCGUUUACGGAUCGGGUUUAUGAUGUUUCCAGGAAUAAAGUGCGUCCCACCACACCAAAUACCACAGUGCUGAUCGAUGAAAUCAGCUGCGAUGAUCCUGUGGUCAUGAACUACCUCAUCGACAUGCUGCGCAUCGAAACGGUUCUGGUGACGGAGUCCAAGGAGAUUGCCGAAUUCCUCACCUCGGACACGGAGAAUGUGCCGCCCCAUUUGUCGCGCGUGCUGGUGCCCAAUUUGGGAUUGGAGUACAUACCGUCGCCCAACUAUGCCGUCUAUUCGACUAGAAUAAAUCCUGCACGCUACAUACACAUAAACGUAGACGAUCGCAUACGCCAGCUGCAAAUGGAGCAAGGUGGUCUGCAGGAGAAGGAGGCUUCCCUGGAAAUAGACUACAUGCAGCACAGGAGGCAGCUGGAGAACACCCAUCAGGAGAUUACGAAGAAGAGUGCCAUGAUUGGCCAGCAUCAAGCGAAGAAUCAGCGGGCAAUGCAGCAGAUAAUGGAGUUGCAAAACUUUGACUAUCAAGAGCUGCCCGAAUAUGAUCGUCUGAAAUCCCAUUUAGCCGAUAGCGGUGAGAAAAUUGAGAAAUGCAAGGAGGAACGCGAACAGCUGCAGCAGAAACUGAUUGAAUUGCAGGAAAGCAAGGCCGAAUUUGAGGCCGCUGAGGCAGCAGAAAAGAGAUCCCUUGAGGGGAUCCACGAAAAGCUUUCCACACUCGACACCGAAACUCGCGAAGUGGAAAGCAAGAUCCGCAGCCUGGACCUUCACUACGAGGAAAACACUCGCAAUUUGGAGAAAACCCUGCAGCUCGAGCGGAAAUUGGUCGGCGAGAAGGCGGCCAUGUUAAGGGAUUUGGAAAGGGCUCGCAGUGAAGCUGAGAAAUUCGGAGAGUUUGUGGCCACGACGCAAUCGGAGGAAAAGAUAAAGGAGUCAAUUAGUCGCUACAAGUCGAAGAUCAAGCAGGUGGAGCAGCUGAACUAUAAUCCUGAGGAAGUGGAGAGAGGCUUGGCUGAGCUGCGCGAGGAUCUGGGUCUUCAGGCGCGGCACUUGGCCGUCGUAGACUCGGUGAUCAAGAAGCUACGCAUGGCGUACCAUCAGCGGGCGCAGCUCUUCCAGAGAUCGCGUCAUCACUACUUUACCAUGGUUCAGUUUCAGUUUGAGCAAGCACUUGCUAUGCGGCAAUUCAAAGUUAGCUUUGAGACCAGUGACAAGGAGAAGACGUGGAAGAUCAAUGUGUAUCCACCCAGUGGAAAUGAAACUUCCAACACGAGAAGCUUAUCGGGAGGUGAACGCUCGUUUACCACGGUUUCUUUGCUCAAAGGACUUUGGAGCACUUCAGAUCAUCCCUUCUACUUCCUCGACGAAUACGAUGUGUUUACAGAUGAAGUAAACCGUAAGUUUAUCACAGAAAUUCUGAUCGGGGAGGGUUUGGAGUGGAUGUCUCGUCAGUAUUGUUUCCUAACGCCCCAAGAUACGAGGGUAGAGGCCAGCAAUCUCAUUACAGUGCACAAAUUGGACGCACCCGAGCGGUAAAUUUAUUUAAAUAUUAUAUUUAUACUCGGAAGUUGCAGGACGACAGAGCAUCUCAGUAUCAAGUAUAUUAAGAGUUAACGCUAAAACAUGAAUGGUUACCUUUAUUUUAAGAAGGAUUUUCAAUGUUAUUUUUUGGUUUAAAUUUUAAGUUCAAUACUGUUUGUUCACCUAAAAUAAAAGUGUU